GAUAAGAUUGGGUAUAAGGAACCCACACCCAUUCAGAUGGCAGCCAUUCCUAUUGGUCUACAGAAUCGUGAUAUUAUAGGUGUGGCUGAAACUGGUUCUGGUAAAACUGCUGCUUUUCUUAUUCCAUUGUUAGUAUGGAUUCAAGAUUUACCCAAAAUGGAAAGGUUAGAGGAUGCUGACCAGGGACCAUAUGCUGUUAUUUUAGCACCAACAAGAGAAUUGGCUCAACAGAUUGAAGAAGAAUCUGUUAAAUUUGGUAAGAAUCUGGGAAUAAGAACUGUAUCUAUUAUUGGUGGUAUAUCUAGAGAGGAACAAGGUUUUAAACUACGACAAGGAUGUGAGAUUGUUAUAGCUACUCCGGGUCGGUUGAUCGAUGUAUUAGAAAAUCGCUAUCUCGUUCUCGGACAGUGUACAUAUAUAGUCAUGGACGAAGCUGAUAGAAUGAUUGACAUGGGUUUUGAACCCGACGUCAGAAAAAUUCUAGAAUAUCUUCCUGUAACUAACGAAAAACCUGACACAGAAGAAGCUGAAGAUCACGAAAAAAUGUUACAGAAUUUUAACAGCAAGAAAAAAUAUCGUCAGACGGUCAUGUUUACAGCUACUAUGCCUCCGAGUGUGGAAAGAUUAGCUAGGACAUUUUUACGGCGACCAGCAGUAGUUUAUAUUGGAAAUGCUGGUAAACCUGUAGAAAGAGUUGAACAAUUGGUUUACAUGGUUACAGAGAAAGACAAACGUAAGAAGUUGAUCAAUAUAUUAAAUGGAGGUAUUGAUCCACCUGUUAUUAUAUUUGUUAACCAGAAGAAAGGAGCUGAUAUAUUGGCUAAAUCACUUGAAAAAAUGGGUUUUAAUGCUACAACACUUCAUGGAGGUAAAGGACAGGAGCAGAGAGAGUUCGCUUUAGCCAGUUUAAAAGAUGGUUCUAAAGAUAUACUUGUAGCUACUGAUGUCGCUGGUCGUGGUAUUGAUAUUAAAAAUGUAUCUCAUGUUAUAAACUAUGACAUGGCUAAAAAUAUAGAAGGUUAUACUCAUCGUAUUGGUCGAACUGGUCGUGCUGGUAAAAAUGGUGUCUCUAUCACUUUCCUUACAAAGGAAGAUAGUGCUGUAUUUUAUGAUCUGAAAGAAACCAUUCUACUGAGUCCCGUAUCAACAUGUCCGCCAGAACUGGCUAAUCAUCCAGAAGCACAACAUAAACCUGGAACUGUCAUGCAGAAAAAACGAAAAGAUGAAACAUUGUUUAUAAAUUAAAAAUACCAUUUAA